GAUUCUGUGUUUGUGAAGGAAGGAAUUUAAUUUCAUUGAAGAAAAAUUCUUGAUAUAUUUAAUUGUAUUAAAAAAUAGCUCAUUAGUAAGUCGUUUACAGUAUAGCAUAUAAUAGUUUCUUUCCUUUACACAUAUUUCGGUGUAAUCUCAAUGAGAGAGGGAAUCGAAAUGGCUGAUGAUUGGGAUGUAGAAGCUAUGCUUGAAGCACCUUACAGAAAGGAGGAUGAAUCAUCUGAAAGGUUUAAUGGUGGUCAUAAUGCAGACAAAGAAAAUCGCAGUAGUGCGAAGAAAAAGAAAAGGAGCCGAAGUAGAAGCAGAGGUCGGGAUGGUAAAAGAAGCCAUAGUCGUGAACGCAGGAGUCGAAGUCGGGAUAAGCGCAGCAGAAGUAAAGAUCGUAAGAGAAGUCGCAGUCGAGACCGUAGGAGAAGCAGAAGCCGUGAUAGAAGGCGUAGAAGCUACAGCAGAGGUCGCAAGGAGCGCCAUCGUACUAGGAGCCGUAGCAGAGAAAGACGAAUUCAUAGUCGUGAUAGACGGUCAAGAUCACCUCGACGAGAACGUAGGAGGCAUAGGACAAGAUCAAGAAGUCCAAGGAAACAUUCUCCUCCUAGAAGUCCAUUAGGGUCUCAUACUCAAGUAUUUGAUAGUCUUCGAAAUAAAUUGCCGAAUGAUGAUAUUAGCCCAGAAGACAGAGAUCUUCGCACAAUAUUUUGUAUGCGUCUUUCACAAAAGGUUCGUGCUAGAGAUUUGGAGGAAUUUUUUUCAUCGGUUGGUCCAGUAAGAGAUGUUAAAAUUAUUAUGGAUAAUAAAACUAGAAGAUCCAAAGGUAUUGCCUAUGUUGAAUUUGCCAGUGUGGACUCCAUUCCUUUAGCUUUGGCUCUUAAUGACACAGAACUGAUGGGUUAUAAGAUUCAUGUUCAGCUUUCUCAAGCUGAAAAGAAUAGGGCUGCAGCAAGUUCGAGUUCAUUGCAGAAGGGAAAUCCAGGACCUAUGAGAUUAUAUGUUGGCUCAUUGCAUUUCAAUAUAACUGAAGAUAUGUUGCGUGGAAUUUUUGAACCUUUUGGGAAGAUUGAAAGAAUUGAAUUGAUCAAAGACACAGAAACUGGUAGAUCCAAAGGUUAUGGCUUUAUAAGUUUCUAUGACUCGGAAGAUGCUAAGAAAGCAUUAGAACAAUUGAAUGGCUUUGAAUUAGCUGGGAGACCAAUGAAAGUUGGCCAUGUAACUGAAAGAACAGACAUUGCUCAAGGGCCAUCUUUUCUAGAUAGUGAUGAACUUGACAGAACUGGAAUUGAUUUAGGUGCCACUGGCCGACUUCAGCUCAUGGCAAAACUAGCAGAAGGUAUGUAUGAAAAUGUGUGGCUUCCCUCUUGCGAAUGUAUCACUUUUAGUCUUCCAAUU